AUGGGAGCCGCUUCUCCUCUUAUCUCACGGCACAUGAACCUUUACGAGAGGCUGAUAAGACCCAGAAUGACCCCUUCCUUCAGAAUCUAUGGAAGAGGAAACACGUCCAGAAAAUGCAAGACAACCUCUACCUUGGGUAUCUCAAGUCCAAGAUUGUGGUUUAGUUCUGGGGCCCGGAGCACGCAAGGUUUGCAGUUUGCAGUGUCCAUCGAAACCGCAUUCUCUCGAUUGCACCCGAUGUCACUUGCGAAGGAAAUUCGCGCGCUUCGCCGGGCCGUGAAGGCCCUGAGGAAGCAGUUGGGGACCUUGCUGGCCUUCAACGGCAAGGAGAAGGUGAAGAAAGCCAAGAAGGCGGCUGCGGACUUGAAGAGGGCAGACGUGGAGGCCCCUUGCGCAAAAGAAGACGUGCCGACCGUUGCUGCUGCGGACUCCGAGGCUGCAGGGCUGUCCGGUGCCGCAGCACAGGAUGGACCUGAUUGGUUCCUCCGCUACGCCGCGUCUUCGGCAGCGGAGCACGCGGUCUCCCUUGAUGGGUCUACGCUUCUGGGGAUGACCAUCAAGGUCGUGCUGUGCAAUGCCGAAGACAAGAGGGCCCGAUCCGAAGGCCCCCGUGCGCCGGAGGAUGCCAAGGCGCACGCUGAAGAAUUCGGGGGCUGCACAGUUGCGAGCACCCUCGUGCAUUGUCCUCACCGCGCUCUGGCCAGCAAUUGA